CUCUUACUCUUGCAUUUAGAUGAAACCAAACUGGGAGCUCAACAACUGCUGCAACCACGAACAGGUGGUGUUUCUGGUCACUGUUGGUGUCUGCAGCGUUGUUAUACUUGCUUUAUGGAGAACAGUGUUACUCAGACCCUUUAAGCUAGUUACCGUGUUUCUUCACGAGGCAAGCCAUGCAAUUGCUUGUAAACUUACAUGCGGUCAUGUAGAAGGAAUCCAGGUUCAUGCAGAUGAAGGGGGAACAACCCAAACACGCGGAGGCAUAUACUGGUUAAUCUUGCCAGCUGGAUAUCUUGGUUCAUCUUUCUGGGGCAUGAUCUUGAUACUUGCGUCGACAAAUCUUCGUACUGCUAGAAUAGCUGCUGGUUGUUUUAUUGCUGUUCUUCUUAUUGUCCUCUUCAUUGCAAAAAAUUGGACUCUCCGAGGACUUUGUAUUGGAUUUAUCAUUUUCCUUGGAGUAGUAUGGAUUCUGCAAGAAACAACCAAAGUUCGAGUCCUACGCUACAUUAUCUUGUUCAUAGGUGUGAUGAAUAGCUUGUUUUCGGUGUAUGAUAUUUACGAUGAUCUGAUCUCCCGAAGAGUACAUUCGAGUGACGCAGAAAAAUUUGCAGAAGUGUGCCCUUGUCCUUGUACUGGUGUGGGAUGGGGGGUUAUUUGGGGUUUAAUAUCUCUUGUGUUUCUUUGCGGAGCUGUGUAUCUGGGUGCUGUGAUCUUGUCAUAA